UCCAUUACGUCACAACGACGGCGUCCGAGUCCGUUGUCUAGUGUCAUUUUUUGACGACUUUUCGUCAUUUAUUAAUUCUAAUAACCAAUAGUUAAGCUUGAGAAAAGACGACCAGAUGUGUGGACAUGUCAGAAACUAUCUGUUCACAGGACUUUGUUUUAAGUGCCCGGUCGGUGGCUAGCAGCCUGGCCCGCCUUGGACGCUUCGACACUGGACUACAGCACCCAUACCACCACGUCGCACUUCCCGGUCGCAGGCUUAGGGACAUCUCAGUUUUGUGUGAUUAUGUUCACCUGCAAAACCUGGAGCUGUCAAACAAUGGAAUUACAGAUCUAUCAUGCGUGAGCCACAUGCCCUUCCUCGUCAUCCUGGAUGUCUCUCACAAUGAAAUCUCGGAUUUCUUUGGCUUCAAGCCUCCGAAGAACCUGAAGGAGGUCAACUACUCUUACAACAAUUUGACAGAAAUGAAGGACAUGUCGGACUACGAGGCGCUCGUCAAGCUAGAUCUGGACCACAACCGCUUGAAGCAGAUCCACGGUUUGGAAAAGUGCCGCAAAUUGAGCUAUCUCAGCGCGGCACACAACAUCAUCGCCAGCGUCUGUGGUCUGGACGAUGUGCCGCUUAAAGACCUCAACCUGAGGGGGAACCAGUUGCAAAGCACGGAAGGUCUGGAGAACCUAAAGAGGAUACAAACUCUGGAUCUGUCCGUGAACUACAUCAGCAGUCUUGCCGGGCUCACCAACCUGCACCUGCUGGGCUCUAUCAACAUGGAAAGAAAUCAGAUUCCUGAGGUAGAGGAGUGUAAGCACAUUCAAAAUCUUCUCCUGCUGAGGGAAUUGAAUCUUUUGGGGAACCCUGUACAGGAGCAACCCGACUACAGGUUGUCGGUGGUCUUCCUCAUUCAGCAUCUGACCACGUUGGACAAAGAGAAAAUCACUGUUGAAGAGAAGGUGUUGUCCGUCAACAAGUACGACCCACCUAUGGAUGUGGUGGCGUCCAGAGAUCACAUGACCCAGCUGAUGUAUCAGCUGAUGCAGCCUCAGCACCUCUAUGACACCAUUCUACCCAACGAUGACAUUCCGUAUCCGAUGCUAGUUCUGGUUGGUCCGCAAAGCUGUGGGAAAAGAGAGCUGGCCCAUCGCCUUUGCGAGGACUUUGGAGACUUCUUAGCACAGGGGAUCAGUCACACCACCAGGGAGCCCUACUCUGGCGAAGAAAACGGCAGGGACUACCAUUUCAUCAGCGAGGAAGAGUUCGAGCUACUUGUGCAAAGGGGGGAUUUCCUACAGACUGUCCAGUACGGCAGCCACAAGUACGGCCUGAGCAGGGACGCCGUUGAAGAGGUUGCCCGGGAAGGGCUGGCGUGCUGCGUUCAGAUGGAGCUGGAGGGCGUGCUGAGUCUGAAGAAGAGCAUCUUUGAACCCCGCUACGUUCUGCUCAUCCCCACCAUAGCGGAGAACUACAAGGCCAUGCUGAGAAGUCGAAAGCUCUACACGGACGCCCAGAUGGACGCGGCCUUGUCUCGCAUCGAGCUGUACGACAAUUUCAACAGGGAGCGGCCCGGCUUCUUCGACAGCAUCAUUCGUUGCGACAACUGGGAGAGAGCCUACCAGAUGCUGGAGCGGGUCGUGAAGAACUACCUGUUUUAUGAGGACCAGGAAGAAGAGGCCUCAGGUGAGUGUAAUAAAAAAGAGAAACUGCCCACAGAGGAGCUAAGGUCAGACUCAUCCACUUCGACCCUCAACUCCUCAGAGCCUCUCUACAGAAACUAUUGCACCCAGGCCCAGCAACAGGUCACCUCCCACAAGACUCCUACUGAACUGGCUUCCAUCCGCAGGCGGGAGGAGCCGGUGAGAGAGGCAGUCAUGGGGAAGAGUCCGGGGGUCUACAGUUGGCUCAUCAGAAGCUCAGAUGAAUCUCCGGGACAUUCAGCAGAUACGAUCAAAGGUGACAAGCAGGCGUACCUAGCACCGACUGGCAUCACGCCCCUUACUGACAGACGUCCGGGAUCCAGCGCCAAACCUGUCCUGCCUCCUAUCCCGCCUCGACGGAAGACACCACAAGCCAACAGCCCGCAGCCGUCGCCCAGCCGCCGACACGUCCAAGCCAGCACGCAAGGAUAGCGUUG